CGGGUCUAAGGCAGCUGAGUUCAGCUUUACAAUAACUCUGCAGAUGUAGUAGUUAGUCUGCGAGAGGGGUAGCUGGCGGUGUGUUCUCUGCGCUGCUGACUCCCGAGCAAUGGCGCUGAGGACAAGCCAACUCUUCUCCCCUUUUCUAAUCGCGGUAGGACUGAUUUUGGUCGCCGUUGGCCCGCAGCCUGUCAUUUCUUGUCCAAGCCGGUGUUUAUGUUUUCGUACCACCGUGAGAUGUAUGCAUUUAAAUCUGGAAACCGUACCUGCUGUCGCUCCAUCGACAACCAUCCUAGACCUGAGGUUUAACAAAAUCAAGGACUUGCAGCCUGGCUCCUUCAGACGGCUAAAGAACCUGAACACACUCCUCCUCAACAACAACCACAUCAGACGGAUCCCCAGAGGAGCUUUUGAAGAACUGGAAAACCUCAAAUAUCUCUAUUUGUACAAGAAUGAAAUCCAAUCAAUUGACAGACAAGCAUUUAAGGGACUUGUCUCUCUAGAGCAACUGUACCUGCACUUCAACAACAUUGAGUCCUUAGAACCGGAAUCCUUCACCCAACUCCCAAAGCUUGAACGCCUGUUUUUGCACAACAACAGAAUUACCAAUCUCGUGCUGGGGACCUUCUCCCAUCUCCAGUCCAUGAAGAGACUGCGUCUGGACUCUAACACUCUGAACUGUGACUGUGAGCUGCUGUGGCUGGCUGACCUGUUGAAGCAGUAUGCUGAGUCAGGCAACGCCCAGGCUGCUGCCACCUGUGACUACCCCAGACGGCUGCAGGGACGAUCUGUGGCCACACUCACCGCUGAGGAGCUCAACUGUGAGUUGCCCAGGAUCACGUCAGAGCCCCAGGAUGUUGACGUGACGUCAGGGAACACGGUGUACUUCACCUGCAGGGCCGAGGGAAACCCCAAACCACAGAUCAUCUGGCUUAUGAACAAUAAUGCCCUGAACAUGCAUGAUGACUCUCGUCUGAACCUGCUGGAGGACGGUACUCUGAUGAUCCAGGACACGCGGGAGACGGACCAGGGAGUGUACCAGUGCAUGGCCAAGAACGUAGCUGGAGAGGUCAAGACCUCUCAGGUCACACUCAGAUACUUCGGAGCCCCCUCGCGGCCCAGUUUUGUGAUCCAGCCCCAGAAUACAGAGGUGUUGGUGGGGGAGAGUAUCACCCUGGAGUGUAGCGCUACAGGCCAGCCCCAGCCCCGGGUCUCCUGGACCAAGGGGGACCGCACUCCCCUGCCUACCGACGCCCGUAUCAACACCACCCCUUCUGGGGGGCUGUUCAUCCAGCACGUGGUGCAGGCAGACGAGGGGCAGUACACCUGCUUCGCCUCCAACAACCUGGACACCAUCCAAGCUACCGCUCACAUCAUUGUACAGGCGACCCCCCAGUUCACAGUGACCCCCCAGGACCAGUCAGUGUUGGAGGGUCACACGGUGGACUUCACCUGUGAGGCCAGCGGAUACCCCCAGCCUGUUAUCGCCUGGACGAGGGGGGGCAGCCCCCUGCCCCAGGACCGCCGCCACCUGGUCCUCUCUACAGGCACGCUGAGGAUCGCCCGCGUGGCGACCCACGACGAGGGCCAGUAUGAGUGCCAGGCCGUCAGCCCGCUGGGCACGGUGCGCACCGCCGUACAGCUUAACAUCCAGCAGAGAGUAACGCCUGUUUUCACAAAUGCUCCAAGGGACGUGACUGUGGAGUCUGGCACGGACGUCCAGAUUCCCUGCAGAGCUCAGGGACAGCCCGAGCCUGUCCUCACCUGGAACAAGGACGGUGUCCAGGUGACGGAAAGUGGGAAGUUCCACAUCGCCCCUGAGGGCUUCCUGGAGGUUAAGGACGUGGGUCUAGCCGACGGUGGACGCUACGAGUGUGUCGCCCGCAACCCUAUUGGCUACCAGUCCGCUAGCAUGGUGCUCACCGUCCUAGUGCCUCCAGUAAGUAGACAAGGGGACACCUUUGUGACGUCGUCUAUUGAAGAGGCCAUCCGCAACGUGGACAGUGCCAUCGAAUCUACCAGGAGGCAUCUGUUUGAUGGUAACCCUCGUACCCCUGGAGAGUUGCUGGCCCUAUUUCGUUACCCCAGGGACCCCUACACAGUGGGGCAGGCCAGGGCGGGGGAGAUCUUCGAACAAACCCUGCUCCUCAUCCAGAACCACGUCAACCAGGGCCUCAUGGUCGACACCAACGGCACAGCAUUCCGCUACAAUGACCUGGUGUCCCCUCACUUCCUGGAAGUGAUCGCCAACCUGUCAGGCUGCACGGCCCACCGCCGCAUCAACAACUGUUCUGACAUCUGCUUCCACCAGAAGUACCGCAGCCACGACGGCACCUGCAACAACCUGCAGCACCCCAUGUGGGGCGCCUCCCUCACCGCCUUCCAGCGCCUCCUCAAGUCAGUCUACGACAACGGCUUCAACCUGCCGCUUGGCGCCAGCAGCCGCCAUCACAACGGCCACGCCCUGCCUCUGCCCCGCCUCGUUUCCACCACCAUGAUCGGCACGGAGACCAUCACCCCAGAUGACCACUACACCCACAUGCUCAUGCAGUGGGGACAGUUCCUGGACCAUGAUCUAGAUUCCACAGUUGCCGCCCUCAGUCAAUCACGUUUCUCAGACGGCCAGCUGUGUACCAACGUGUGCACCAAUGACCCUCCCUGCUUCCCCAUCCAGUUCCCCCCGGGGGACCCUCGGCAGGCGCGCAGCGGGGCACGCUGCAUGUUCUUUGUGCGUUCCAGUCCCGUGUGUGGCAGCGGCAUGACAUCACUCCUCAUGAACAGCGUGUUUCCACGGGAGCAGAUCAACCAGCUGACAUCGUACAUCGACGCGUCCAACGUGUACGGCAGCUCACGCCACGAGUCAGAGGAGGUCCGCGACCUGGCCAGUCAGAGGGGACUGUUGAGGCAGGGCAUCGUCCAGCGCUCUGGGAAGCCCCUGCUACCCUUCGCCACGGGGCCCCCUACAGAGUGUAUGAGGGAUGAGAACGAGAGCCCCAUUCCCUGCUUCCUGGCUGGAGACCACAGGGCCAAUGAGCAGCUGGGUCUGACAGCCAUGCACACCGUGUGGUUCAGGGAACACAACCGCAUAGCUACAGAGCUGCUCAGACUCAACCCACACUGGGACGGAGACACCAUCUACCACGAGGCAAGGAAGAUAGUUGGCGCACAGAUGCAGCACAUCACCUACAACCACUGGCUGCCCAAGAUCAUGGGUGACGUGGGGAGGAAGCUGAUUGGCGACUACCACGGCUACAACCCCAACAUCAACGCCGGCAUCCUCAACGCCUUCGCCACGGCUGCCUUCCGCUUCGGACACACCCUCAUAAACCCCAUCCUGUACCGGCUGGACGAGCACUUCCAGCCCAUCCCCCAGGGCCACAUCUCCCUGCACCGUGCCUUCUUCUCCCCCUUCCGCAUCGUUAAUGAGGGGGGCAUCGACCCCCUACUGCGGGGCCUGUUCGGCGUGGCGGGGAAGAUGCGCGUGUCGACCCAGCUCUUGAACACGGAGCUGACGGAGAGGCUGUUCUCCAUGGCCCACUCCGUGGCGCUGGACCUGGCCGCCAUGAACAUCCAGAGAGGAAGGGAUCAUGGGAUACCGCCCUACAACAACUACCGGACCUUCUGUAACCUGACCUCGGCACAGAGCUUUGACGACCUGAGGAACGAGAUCCAGAACCCCCAAGUCAGGGAGAAGCUGCAGAGGCUAUACGGCACUCCCCUGAACAUCGACCUGUUCCCUGCUCUGAUGGCUGAGGACCUGGUUCCUGGGAGCCGGCUGGGACCCACCCUCAUGUGUCUGCUGGCUGCCCAGUUCAAACGCCUUAGAGAUGGGGACCGGUUCUGGUAUGAGAACCCAGGUGUAUUCAACCCGGCCCAGCUGACCCAGCUGAAGCAGGCAUCUCUGACGAGGGUGCUGUGUGACAACGGUGACAACAUCACUCGUAUCCAGCAAGACGUGUUCAGCGUGGCACAGCUGCCCCACGGAUAUGGCAGCUGUGACGAUGUCCCCAACAUUGACCUGCGCAUGUGGCAGGACUGCUGCGAAGACUGCAGAACCAAGGGUCAGUUCAAUGCCCUGUCCUACCACUUCAGAGGGCGCAGGUCAGUGGACCAGAGCUCUGCAGAGGAGAAGCCUGCCGCCAACAGCAUACAGAGGAACAGCAGCCCAGGUGAAGGCACUCCUGAAAAUCUUGUGAAUGUCUCUCUCACCUGGCAACAAAGCAUUGAACCCUCGCUGAAUGACUUCCAAGACUUUGUGGUGGACAUGCAGAAGACUAUCACAGGUUUACGGAAGCAGAUUAAAAGACUUGAAGCUCGACUGAGUAAGACAGACUGCACUGACGCGGAGGGUCGUGAGCGAUCGGACGGAGAAAGGUGGAAUAAGGAUCCGUGCUCCACAUGCGAGUGCAGAGAUGCCCAGGUGACGUGCUUCAUGGAGUCGUGUCCUCCGCCGGUGGAGUGCCAGGAGCCUGUGAAGCUGAAAGGAUUGUGCUGCCCCGUGUGUCUCAACCAAGGAGAGGGAGCAGCCAGUAACAGCCAGACCCAGACAGGGGGCCAGGCGCUGGGUAGCCCUCAUCACGUAUAACCCUCAGGGGCCCCAUGCCCUAGUGUCUGACACACACACAUACACACACAGGAGAGACCCUGACGGUGCGCUUACCUAACAGCCACCUGCACCCAAUUGCCUCGUUUUUUAAAUCGUUUUUAGAAAAAUCAUAAUUUGUAUUAUUUUGUUAUUUUGAUUGUCAUGUCCCCAUGGCCAACGAACUGCCUGAGGCUUGGUUUCAAAUCCACUGGCAACAGGAGAGCAAUCACUAUGGAUCUGCUUCCUUCUGGAAGGAUGAAUGGAUGGAUGAAUAUUUGGAUGGAUGGACAGAUGGAAAACCCCCCUUCCUCACUCAGGGGCCUCCCAUACAGGGCCUCAGAUAGAGGUCUCUGAUCUGAAGUGUUACCUCACCACUGCAUUUGAAGGCCCCACAAAGUGGCUGAAACAAAUUUGUUGUGAAAACAGGUGGAAAUGGCACUGCAGCCAUUAGAUCGACCAUGGGUCGGCCAUGUUGUCUCAAAACGCUUUCUCAGGUUAGAGAUGCCGAAAAAACUGGUGCUAAUUUUCCCCUUUGUCUUAAUGAUUUAGUCACUAAAUACAACCCUUCAAAGUAUUAUUAUUAUUAUUUUUUACAAUAUGCAAAGCAACAAAUAUACACUCAUUAUGUGCCUUUUGUUCUUAAAAAAAAUCACAUUUGAGACAUUUUAUGUACUAAAUUACUUCUGCUUUUCAAAAUGUUUAUGGUGCUUUAUAUCAUAUUAUGAAUAUGUAUUUUCCCUUUUGUAUCACCUGCUAACAUAUGAAGAUAAUGUGAAGCCCUACAAAAACCUUUUACAAUUCAAAGAUGUCUACUGAUUUUUACCUUAUCACAUCUGUCUUCAAUGGCAACUGUUGGUGAACUAAAUAACAUCUGGUAUUUAGAUAUGUUAUCUCCUCUCCUCAAGGCAAUGUCAAACUUUUACAAACUUGAGGGGUGUUGGUUGGAUUUGGGGCUUGGUGUUGGGUUGGAAGGGGAGAUGUUCCUAUUUGGCUCAACCGCUCUUUACUAGAAGGCAUAAUACAUUUUUUCUCUCAAGGUGUAAUGCUUUUUCACACUCCAUGUAGUUAAAGCAGUGAAAGGCCAUUUGUUACCACUGUAGAGAUGUAGUCAUUUUUGUCCCAACGUUUUCAGUGUCUCCUGCUAACCUACCACAGCAGUACUCUGUCCUACCCCCAGUGUCCCGUCUACCCCUCUCUACAGCAUUAGCCCAUACUCACACAUAUACAUUAAAGGACUGCAGCCAUACCUCCCUAACUAUCUCGUGCUCUCAUAACCGAACCCACAGCUUCUCAGCUCCACUCACAUGCAUUCCUUUCCUCCUUCCCAAGCACUCAGCCCAUAUGAUGUAACUAUUCUCCUCUGUGUGCUGGAGAGUUGUGUGUGUGUGACCGAUCACCAGGUCUCUGUAGUUUUAAUGCAGGUGAGAAACCUUGCCUGGCUCUCAUCUCUUAGGUUCCUAGGAGACGAUGGAUAUGGAGGUGAGGUGACAUCAUUUGGCCGGGUGUGUGAAGCGCAGACGUCUACCUCUCUGAACCCCAUUCCUCUCUAAUGCAAGCCAGAUGGGAGGGGAGGGUGGAAUGGGAGAUGGUGUCAAUCAAAUAUCUGGUGCUGCUUUAUUUUCUGGAGGCUCCCUACUGUUACAAAUCAGGCAACAGAGUGUUUCCCAUUGACACACACGCACACACACACACACACACACACACACACACACACACACACACACACACACACACACACACACACACACACACACACACACACACACACACACACACACACAG